AGCUAUGCAUCACAGAUGCUGCUAUUCAAGGGCAGCAUCCCCAUGGCCGUCUUCACAAGAGCCAGCAGUCAUCCUAACACCACUAACCCCAUUCCCUGUGGGGCAGACAACACUACAGAGCCCGACCUGCCACAUUCACAUGCCUACUAUGCCCUCUGCUACUGCCUCUUGAUUUUGGCCAUCAUCUUUGGGAAUGUGCUAGUUUGCUUAGCUGUGCUGAGGGAACGCACCUUGCAAACCACAACAAACUACCUUGUGGUGAGCCUGGCAGUGGCAGAUCUGCUGGUGGCUACUUUGGUGAUGCCGUGGAUGGUGUACCUAGAGGUGACCGGAGGAGUCUGGACAUUCAGCCGUAUCUGUUGUGAUAUCUUCGUCACCAUGGAUGUAAUGAUGUGCACAGCCAGCAUUUUAAACCUCUGUGCUAUCAGCAUCGACAGAUACACCGCAGUGGUGAAACCAGUUCAAUACCAGUACAGCACUGGGCAGAGCUCCUGCAGGAGGGUGUCUCUCAUGAUCGUGGUAGUCUGGAUGCUGGCGUUUGCAGUGUCAUGUCCUCUCCUCUUUGGCUUCAAUACUACAGGGGAUCCUAGUGUCUGCUCCAUAUCCAACCCUAGUUUCAUCGUCUACUCCUCUUUGGUGUCCUUCUACCUCCCCUUCAUGGUGACUCUGCUGCUCUAUGUCCGGAUUUAUCUCGUGCUAAGACAAAGGCAAAAGAAGAGAACCCUCACCCGGCAGGGCAGCCACAGCGCCAGCACCAAACCGUGCCAUGCGCACAAAGAACACAUGGAGAGAAAAGCUUUGCCAAAUGGAUGCCAAGGCACCUUUCCCCCCUGUCUCCCACUCAAAUGCACAGGGCAGGAGAUGUCUACCAAAAGGAAGUUGCUGACUGUCUUCAGCCUGCAGCGGUACCGGAGCUUCUGCCAUGAGGCAUCCCUCACCAAGACUCCAGGAACUACACAAAACAGCAGGCAGGAAGAGAGGAGAAUGUGUACAAAACCAGUAGUGGAGGUACAGAGGCUCAGCAAUGGCAAAACCAUCAGCUCUUUGAAGCUGGCACAGCAGCAGCCUCGACUGAUCCAGCUCCGGGAGAGAAAGGCUACACAGAUGCUAGCGAUUGUCCUGGGCACAUUCAUAGUUUGCUGGCUGCCCUUCUUCUUGAUUCACAUCCUCAAUGCCCACUGCCCAUCCUGCCAUGUGCCUCCGAGGCUUUACAGUGCCAGCACUUGGCUUGGCUACGUCAACAGUGCCCUCAACCCCAUCAUCUACACAACCUUCAACACUGACUUCCGCAAAGCCUUCCUCAAGAUCCUGUGCUGCUGACUGCAGGGCCGGCACCGGGCUGCACGGGUUUGGAGCAGACUCCUGGGCCAAGGACAAGGCACAGGGCCCUUCCCUCCCUCUGCUUUACACACAGUGGAAAGGGAUGUGCUCCCCUCGGCUGUGAGCAGUGGUGAACAGUGUGACAUGGUCAUUUUUGACAUCCAGGCACCUUCUGCAC